AUGAGGGAACACAGUUGUCCACAUGCUGAGCUGCUGACCCUGUGUCCAGGACUCUGCUGUGUUUCUGUUCUAGAUGAGAGUGACUCCGGUGCUGAGCUGGUGCCUAGUCUGACCUGCUGUGAACCACGGUCCGUCCCCGAGCUAGCAAAGAUGAGCAGAAACCUGUUGAAGAAUCCCAGUGGAGACGAGGAGCUGGAGUUUUGGGAGUUGACAGAAAAUGGAGGGAGUCAGUGGAAAGUGGAGGAGAUGCCCGGAGACUGUGGCCACGACUUUGUCAAUGACCAAGUCACCAAAUACUUUGCAACGUCUUUCGAGCCGUGUCUGAAGCGACAAGUCAUCGAUCUUUUGGAGGAAGGAUAUUCUGCUGACGAUCUGGACGCGCAGCCACAAGUCAACGUUUCCGACUGGGGAAACCCCGAGCAGCCUCCCCCCAUCCCGUGA